AGUUUAGUUGGAGAGUUGGAACCCGGCUGCGCAUUGAAAACUGGUCUAGUUUCGUUUAUUAUUACCUACGGUGCAGACAUGUCGAGGAACUGUUGCAACUUUGCUGUGCCGCUGAUGGCCAUCUUCUUGGUGAUAGCCUGCACUACGCCUCUUCAGUAUCCAAUAGUGGUUGACGAUUACGGUUACAACGACUAUCAAAAUUACGAGCAACCACGCGCAAAACAGAAUCGACAAUACUCAAAACAGGAUCAAUUAAAUUACGAACAACCACGCGUAAAACAGAAUCGACAAUACGCGAAGCAGGAUGAAUCGUACGCAAACUACGAGCAACCAUACACAAAACAGGAUCAACAAUACACGAAGCAGGAUGAAUCGUACGCAAAUUACGAGCAACCAUACACAAAACAGUAUCAACAAUACCCGAAACAGGACCAAUCGUACGCAAAUUAUGACCAGUCAUACAUAAAACAGGAUCAAUCGUACGCAAAUUACGAGCAACCAUACGAAAAACAGGAUCAGCAAUAUGCAAAACAGAAUCAACAAUACGGAAAUCAGGAUCAAACGUACGCAAAUUACGAGCAACCAUACGAAAAACAGGAUCAACAAUACGCAAAACAGAAUCAACAAUACGCAAAACAGAAUCAACAAUACGGAAAUCAGGAUCAAUCGAAUGCAAAUUACGAGCAACUAUACACAAAACAGGAUCAACGAUAUACAAAAUACGAGCCGGUAUACUCGAAAUUCGAUCGACCGAUUGUUGUAAAGCCUCAGAAACCGAAAGACGGCUCAGACUUCAGCAAAAUUCCUGGCACUCCUGGUGUGGACUAUCCUGUGUAUCACACUAUACCGCGGACGAGUUUUUCCUGUGCCUACGUUCCAUUCGCGCCAGGAAUGUACGCGAACGUGGAAACCGGUUGCCAGGUCUACCAUAUUUGUCACGAUGGCCGCGAAGGUCAUCAAGGUGCAUCCUUCUUGUGUCCAAAUGGCACUAUUUUCAGUCAACGAGAAUUCUCUUGUGAUUGGUGGCACAACGUGAAGUGUGCUGAGGCUAUAGCUUUGUACAGUUUAAAUUUGGAUCCAGAAAAGAAUCCUUAUCUGCCAAAGAAAAAGAAGGAAGAGCCGCAGAAAAACAUGAGGAUCGUGGUGCUGUAAAUUCCUUUACUUCCAGAAUGCGAGAUCUACUAUCAAUGCGAACUAUUGAAUUGUUGACGCAAAUGGUGUUUUAAAAAUAUAAGACCACCUGGAACAUGCAUAUUCUUCACAGGAAUGAAAAUUGAAAAGUUUCGUUAAAGAACUUUUCAGACACGAUAUGGUGCCAUAUUUUUGGAACACUAAAUAUAAACAGUAGUUCAAAUGCAUUUAUUGUACAUUCAUUGAUGUCGAUCUUAGAUCUGUCAAGGGAUAUCGAAACUUUUAGUAUAAGAAAGGACUGUUGAGUAUUUGUCGAAAAGCUCACAAUAAAGUUUUUAUACAUUCCGCGCGGCCUAGUUGAGAAUGCAUUUCAUCUGACACUUUAUUUAUUAAUAUUAUAAAAUAUGUGCUAAGUAUUAUGUGCGCAUUUAUUAUGACCAAACUUACUAAUACAUGUGAAGGGAACUAUAUGUAAGUGUUAACUUGUGUAUAUAAAUAUUUUUAUGCAUAGAUAAUAUUAUACGGUUGUUACGAAAAUUUUUCAUAAAAUUCUAUGAGCAUCAUGACGCAUAGUAGGAACUUUUUUCCUACGGGAGGGGGGCUUUAAAGGUAUAUAAAUUUAUUAAAAUACUUAAUUCUAAUUCUAUUGAUUAAAAAAAUACACAUUAACAGUGAAACGACAAUUAAUAAGUUAUGCUGCGUAUGUAGUACGUGCAUAUUUUAUAAAUAAAAUAUAACAGAAUGUUUUAAUA